CAAGAUCAACUUUACACCUGGGCUGCAGUUAGUCAACCCACACACUCACUGGAUUAUAUCGAAGGGCAGUUUCCCAGGAGAGUCCCAGCUGCUUGGCCACCGUCUAAACCUCCUGAUGAAGAACACAAGCCUAAGGAUGCUGACACAGACUCUCAAUCUGCUGUUUUAGAAACUCCGAAAAAAUGUUCAGAUGCUGCUCAGCAGGAAGUGUGCGACAUGAAGUCUGAGGGUCAGGCCACUGUCAUCCAACGGCUGGAGCAGACCAUUGAGGAUCUGAAGACCAAGAUAGCUGAACUGGAGAAGCAAUACCCCGCCCUAGACACGGGUCUGGAAGCCCUCAGGUUGGGCGAAAAGGAUGUUGGAUAUGAAAGGAUAGUACAGGCCAAGUCCAUCCAGACGUCCCCGAUGGAAGAGGGUGGUGUGCUGGCACUUCCUCCUGGGGGGGCCGCACCAGUGGGCCCCCCACCCUUGACCGCACAUGGAGAAUCAGCGGGGCUGCCCUUGUCAUCAGGACCUCAGACCAAGUUCUGCUCAGAAAUCUCUUUGGUCGUGUCUCCAAGGCGAAUAUCAGUUCAGCUUGAUGCACAGCCAUCCCUCCAGCCUCCACCGCCUGCAUCCCUCCCCUGGUCUGACAGUCAAGGACAGGCCAGGUCCCAGCCUUCCCAUCCUCCUCUUCACACUGGGUUAGAAACCAGCCAUGAGCACUCUGCUUUCCCCUCCUCUGGAAAUGGCUAUGACAUCCCCACUGCACCACCUCUGCCUGCAGAGACCUCCUCUCUGAUGCCUGGCCUGGGCACGGAGGCUUCCCUAGCACCCCUGACCCCCGGUGCACCUGGGCCUGCACUGCCCAGCCCAGCAGGCUUCUCACCUCCUCCUUCUCUAGGUCCAGAGAUGCUGCCACCCCCUCCUCCACCUUUGCCUGGAGUGGGAAUUCCUCCUGCCCCACCUCUUCCUGGGAUGGGAAUUCCUCCCGCCCCUCCUCUUCCCACCAUGGGAAUUCCUCCUGCCCCCCCUCUUCCCNCCCCACCUCCUCCUCCUCCAGGUAUGGGGAUUCAACCUUCUCUAACCCCUCUGCCGCCACCCCCUCCUGGGUCAGGCCUUCCUCUCCCACGACAAGUUGGGAGUAGCACUUUACCGACACCUCAGGUGUGUGGCUUUCUUCCUCCUCCGUUGCCUCUUGGCUUGUUUGGAUUUGGGAUGAACCAGGAAAAAGGGAGUAGGAAGCAGCCAGUAGAGCCUUGUCGGCCGAUGAAGCCUCUAUAUUGGACAAGAAUUCAGCUGCACAGUAGAAGAGACUCCAGUACUUCACUUAUUUGGGAAAAAAUUGAAGAGCCAUCCAUAGAUUGUCAUGAAUUUGAGGAAUUGUUUUCUAAGUCUACUGUCAAGGAAAGGAAGAAACCCAUUUCUGACACCAUCACAAAGACCAAGGCUAAGCAAGUGAGUAUUCAUGUGUUUUCUGAAAUUGGAUAG